ACAGGAGAAUGACGGAUACUGAAGACUUUGAAAACUUUCCAAUUUAUGCUGGGGCAGAGGAGGAAACUGAUGAAGAAAAACUACAGAAGCUACACUUUGCUGAAUUUGUGCCUUUACAUCCAAGUACUUUAAAGGAGCGCAUUGCAUUCUUCUUCUUUGUGUCCUGCCCAUCGGUUAUUUUAAUGCGGAAUGCCAUUAUGCCCAGCAAUCAUUUUUACAUCAAAUGGGAAAUUUUUCGAAUAAUUGUAGCUGUAAUCAUGAGCGUAAUUUCUUCCACACUUUUUGCAUUUUUACAUUAUAGUGUCGAGCUUUGGAUGGUUUCUUUCUUUCUUCUUUUCUUCUGCUGGUUAGACAUGUACAUCCGCUUGCAUGUUGCCUUUUACAAAGAUAGCAAGCUUACAUUGAACACCCUGGAAACAGCAAAGCACUACGUCAAAAGCAGCUUCCUUUUUGAUCUUAUAAGCUGCUUUCCAUGGGAAAUCAUAAUCUGGAUGGCACUUUUACCUUCCAGUCUGAAUGGAUUCUUUACAAGCAGUGAAGUUUUGCAUUUGUAUGCGUACAUGAGAAUACCACAUGUCUUACAGUUAUAUCGCAUCCCUUUUACAUUUUCUGUCUGGCUUGCAAGAAUUUCAACCAACAGAACCAUUGCUACUUUUCUGCAGUUUUCAUUGUAUACUUUUCUUUUUUUACAUUUCAUCACCUGCAUUAUCUUUGGUACCGCCUGCCCUGUAGCAGACAUGAAUGGUGACACCACUAAGUAUCUAUUCCCUUUGAUUAAACACAACUGCACUGAAUUAUCGUGGGUGUCACAGCUCGACUAUGGAAAUUCAUUUGAUUUCGCCACUGCAACUUUUUUUGAUGUAUAUUCUGUCAGCAUGUACUUUGCUAUUUCAACAAUGACUGGAGUCGGAUAUGGAGACAUUUAUCCAUUCUUAAUUACCAUGAAAUGUGUUCUGAUUUUCAUCAUGAUGAUGGGAAUAUUGUAUUGUGGCUGGGCAUCAGCCACUACAGCAGCUUUCCUGGACUGUGCUGACACAACAAGGACUGCCUUUGUAGAAAAACUAAGAAGCAUUACUCUGUUCCUAAAGAGUCAGAGCAUUACAGGUGAUUUAUAUCGCAGGAUAUUGAAAUUUUAUGAAUUCAAGUGGACACGUAACAAAGGGAUCGAUCAAGACACACUAUUCGAGUGUUUACCGUCGUCACUACUUGGUGACAUAUCAACUAUGAUUUAUGCUGAACUUAUUACAAAGGCAUUUGGACUUAACAUUAGGAAGAGUUUAUGCAGGUCAGUGCACCAAGAUUUGACUCCCCUACAGAGAAGGUUAUCAGGAAAACUUGAUGAACCAGUUUUUCAAAACACUUUAAGUGAAGAAACUCUGACGUGUUUGGAAACUGAUGGAGGUUUCAUCCGAAUGCUGGCGAGACAAAUUCGGCCCAGCCUUUACAGAGCUAACGAUCUCAUAUGCAAGAGGCAUGACUUUGGAUCAGAGGUGUAUUUUAUUAAUAAGGGUGAAGUUGAUGUAUUAUCCAAGAGUGGAGCUAGAGUUAUCUUUAAACUGAGAGCUGGACAAUGCUUUGGCGAAAGAAGUUUAUUAUUUGCAGGACCAAGGGCUGCCACAAUAAGGGCAGCAACUGACUGUGAGCUGCAUGUGUUACCAAAAAAAUCCCUUGAUGGAACCCUGGCGUACUAUCCCAAUAUUUAUAAGGACCUAAAGAAAGCAGCCAUACAAAGGCAAAUGGAGUCUGACAGAGGUGUGGAUAUAAAACUUAACAUGGAGAAAAGAAGUGAAAAGAGAAAAAGGAAACAAGCAACACACAAAGCUGUUUCUCUGUGUACUCGAAUACAGAUAAGACUUUUAAAGAUGUCACUAUAUGUUAUGGACAAGAUGAUCAGCAUACAUAACAAAACAAUGUACCAAAGGAACACGGUGUGUGUUGUUUAUCAAUAUACAUUGUGUCUUUUGAGUAUCAUAUCACUAUGGGCAAUAUCAUAUAUGCCCUGUGUUCUUGAUCUGGAUAGAGGCCUCUUCUUAUUCACCAUGAUAACUGAAUAUGUCCAAAUGAUUGCGAUCGUACUGAAAUUCCACAUGUGUUAUAACGAUAGUGAAUCAGACUACAAAACAGUGUCUUGGAGUUACAUGAAAAGAAAAAUAGGAUAUGGUUAUGAUCUUGUUUGCUGUUUUCCAUAUGGAUUUCUAGUACUGCACCAAAUGUAUGAAGAAACACCAGUGGAAUUCCUGCCCAUUUUUCUUUAUGUCCGGACUGGUCAUUUGCUCCGCAUUGUAACAGAAUUUGUAUUUCUGUGGAAGGAAGAGCAAUCAAUCACAACAAACCUCAUAUUUAUAAGGAUUGUCAGGUGCUUGCUGUCUACAGUAUGCUUUACUCAGUUUGCCUCAAUUUUAUUUGUUUCAUUUGUGAAACGUCAUGGAACUCAAUCGUGGAUACGUGAACUUGAGGCUUCUUCUUAUUCUGAAAUUUAUGUCUAUGCUGUGUACUGGACAUUGUCAACCUACACAACAACAGGAUAUGGUGAUAUCACAGCAACCACCCUGGGAGAAAUACAUUUUUCCAUAUUUGUAAUGAUUUUCUCUAAAAUCCAUCUGGCUUACAACCUGGUACUUCUCUCAUGUGCACGAGCAAACAAGCAGUACUUCCAAAUUGCCUAUGAGGAAAAGCUUCGGAUCAUCAAAUCCGACAUGAUAAACCAGAAUCUUCCAUCUACGCUACAAAAUCGGGUGAUCCAGUUUUACAACUACAGAUGGAUGCACGUCAGAGGGAUGAAGACAGAAUGUUUGUUUAAUGACCUACCGAACUGUAUAAAAACUGACAUCUAUUCCAGAAUCAGCCUUGAUUUAUUCAAGCAGAAUCCAAUGUUCAGAAACAUUUCAGAUGUCUUUAUUAGGGAACUUUCGGCUAAAAUGCUUUAUAACAUGUACACCCCAGGGGAGGCCAUCGUUAGAAAGGGAGACAAUGAAACUGGCCUGUAUUUAAUACUAUCUGGUAAGGUAAACGUGUGCUCGUACAGAACCGACGGAGAAGUUAUUACAUCUCAUUCUACUGGAGCAAUCCUUUAUCCUACCAUACUGAAGCAUGGAAUCAGCAAAGACACGGCCACUGCAGAAACCUGUGUACAUGUUCUGUUCCUCUCUAAAAGCGCAGUAGAAGACUUUUUUUAACUAUCCAGUUGCCCAAUGGUACAUUGGUGGUCUUUGAGGAAGCACCUGUUAGAUCCUUCUCCUCCAGCUCAAUACAGGGCACCUAUGUAAAAUGAUGAACAUAAAUCAUCAUUAAACUGGAAAGUAAUAAGGUUUUUAAAAAGGAUGUCUAAACGAGGCUGGUUUCCUGUAGUGUUGCACUUGAAGCCCCAAAAUGGUGUUGGUUAGGUGUCUACCACCAUGGAUGUUUGCCAGGCUUAAGAAUAAAGACCAGCAUGUGUAAAGGAUGUAAAAUCCUGAUUUCACGGCAUGCGCACAGACUCGAGGUGCAGUGCUUGUAAGUGUCCAGAAGGUGGUGUGCAUUCUCACUAAUGGAAUGCUCCUGGGGCUGUUUACUCUCGGUGGUGCCAGUGCCAACGUUAGGACCUGACCUGGUAUGAUGCUGAUCUGCACGUGGUGCACUGAAGUGAAGGAGGAUCGUGGACAAGCAAGUGUGAAGAACAUUUUAUAAUGUAAUAAAUGUAAUGCAACUUGGUCUCCAAUAAAGUGUUUGACUUAG